AUGUACAUGCUUCCUAUCAGGGAUUUCCCUGAAUCAUUUCCUUGCCUCACCUCCCUGAAGACCCUGAUUAUGGUUGGUUGCUGUGAGAUCCAGCAGCUUCCUGCGAAUUUCGGCCGCCUAGGAGCUCUUAAGACGCUGCGCUUGGUGAAGCAGCCGCAAUUGAAGCUUCCCGUGGAAUUGGGGGGAAUGGCUGCCAUCCAAGGGAUUUAUGAGGGAGAGGUCUUCAAUCGGCUGCAGCUCCCUGGGUCACUCACUCAGUUAACUUCGCUGACUCGGCUUGACCUGGACUUCAUUUCGAAUGAGAAGCUUCCCGAGGAGAUUGGGAAGCCGAGUCAGCUGCGGCAGCUGCACAUCCAGUGCUGUUUUGAUCUCAGGGGGAUUCCAGAAUCCGUAACAGGGCUGACUAAUCUGGAGAUCCUCACAAUUGGGUUGUGUAGCCAGCUCGUGUCACUUCCCAACAAUCUAGGUACUCUUGUGAAGCUCAAACGGCUGGAGAUUAUGGGCUGUCACCCUGCUGUAUGGCUGAACGGACUUCCAAGCUCCCUUCCAUCCUCUCUCGAGUCCCUUAGCCUGGGAAGCUACAAUGAGACCAUGCAUCUGCCAGACCUCCCUAUGCUGCCGAAUCUCAAGAAGCUGACUUUGAACCUGGUCAAUGUGGAGAGUGGGGAAGCUGGUGUGACUGACCCCAGUGUUUUGCCGCGGUUAGAGCAUCUGGAGUUGGUGUUAGCGGAAGAUGCAGAGGAGCUCUCAUUCCCCUUGGCGUCUCUCCCCCAGCUGCGGAUUCUGGUGAUUUCCAGGGCUGGUAACAUCAAGAAGCUUCCAAGAAGCAUCGGCUCUGAUCUGAAGCAGCUGCGGCGCUUGCAGAUAGAGAAUGCUCCAGAACUGAAAGUGCUGCCAGAAACGAUCUCUCAGCUUCGCCAUCUGACCUCCUUGGACGUUCAUGCACCCAAGCUUACUUCACUUCCCACCAGCAUCGGUGCAUUAUCGAGACUAAGGGUGCUGAAUCUCUCAGACUGUUCCGCGCUGGAGAGUCUCCCUGCUUCCCUCACCCAGCUUGCCUGCCUGAACAAGCUGAGCGUUGCAAGCACUGCCAUCCGCUCUCUUCCAGGAAACUUCGCGCAGCUGACCCGGCUCAAGAGCCUUGAUUUGUACGGAUGUGCGGAACUGGAGAGUUUGCCCGAAGAUUUCUCUCAGCUCGAGAUGCUGCAGCUAGUGAGGUAUGGUGGGUGCACGCAGGAACUGAAUAGGAAACGAGAACAGGAGUUAAUGGACCCUGACAUGUAUGGGUUAUUGAUUCGCGAUUAUUAG